AAGAUGCUCUUUGUUUGUGUGGAAAAUAGUGAUAGUAUUCUCUGUGUUAGUGUGGUCUGCUAGUGAAAAUAUUUGCAUGGAACUAACUCUGGACUUAGUAACAACAUUUGCAAGUCGAUGGGGGAACAAAUUCAGAAAAGUCUUAUCAUAGAACAGUACCAGCUGCAAAAGCCAAUUAAACGUAGACAGAAAAAGACGAGUCUGCUAGCUACCAUGAGUACAGAUCAGGCCCAAGUUCAUCCAGAGGAAUCUCCCAUAAAUUUUAAUCAGCCCACACGGGAGGGUCAGGUGACCGAGAAGCCAAGUGGGGACCUUCUAGAUUUUAUUAGGGUUCCUAAAUUGAGUGAGUACGGAACUGUAGAGUACAUAUUUAUUCCGACACGUUCCUAUUGGUUGGAGAUCAUUCGCGAGGAUUGGGGAGCCACUGACGAGGAAAUUAUAGCUUGUAUCAAAGCUGCCCCUCAGCUAUCACGAUUCAAAAUUGAAGUGUGUGGUUCCUAUAUCGGACACGGGGUUAUUGUACGUGCUAAUAGUUGCAGAAAUCCAAUAGUUGUUAAAUGUACGGUUGUUGCUGAUCGUGUUUCUCCGUUCUAUCACGAGUUACUAGGAGUGUCUCUGGGUAUGAAGCUCGCUAUGAAAUACAAAAUUGUCUAUUUUGAUUUGAAUUGCGUUUCUGAGGUUGUUGCAGAGUAUGUUAUGCGGACUUGGGAUAUGAAGAAUGAAUGUGGUUGCCCACCAAGAGAUAAAAAGGACUAUUGUGUCAAAUGUUCAGAAAGUAUGUUGGAUGAUAUUGGUGAAAGGCAGAACGCAGAUAAAAUUUCCGCUGUAGUUGAUGAAAUUUUUUAUGAUGCUUUAGAGGAAGGUUUUCUAUACUUUUAUCUAUAUCCUAUUAAAUUAUCAAGAGCUAAAGCUGUUUGUUAUUUAGCGAACUCAGGAGUAGACCGGGAGUUGAGAAUUCCUGAAAUUGAAGAGGAUGCAGAACUAGCAGAGAUUCUUUAUAAAGAAGUUUUCGGUCAUGGAUCUGAGGAGGAGGUGGGAUUACAGAAACAACAGCUGAUUUUGCGGAAACAAGAACGGAAAUUGCAGAAACAAAAGAAUUUGGCUGCAGAGCGUGCUUGCCAAGAGAGCCUUUGGGGACAGUAAAACCUAAUUGAUUUGUCAGCUGCAUUCUUGGAAGAUGUCAACGACUCAUUUUGAGAUAGUUUAACCAAUGUAAGGUCCAACUACUGAUGGUAUUUCAAAAGUGAUUGUAAUUGUAAUGGUAAAAAGGGGUCUUUUCAGGCUUGUGAAGGAAACA